UUGUUAUGAAUACUUAAUAAACAGCCAACAACUAAGUUUACCUAACACCUUUAUAAAUAGCCAAUUUCAAAAGCCAUUAUAAACAACCAAAUAUUCCAACUGGUCAAACAAGCCAAGUGAACCAGCUAACCGCCAACAAUCAUUUGCUAAACAAGUCCAUAGUCUACAAUUCUACAUUGCCAUAUAUAGUUUAUAUGAGGAAAAACAUAAAGUUUCCCAUCCUUUAUUAUGGUUCAUGACCCACACCACCCACUAUUCUAAUUAACCCCUUUACUACACUACACCACACCAUUGCAUUUAAUUAACGAGUUAGCAGACAGUUGAGAAUUGAAAGAUUUUCAUUAAAUUUGUACAACAACACAAGAAAAUAAACUUACCUUACAAAAAUAAAAAUAAAAAUAAAUCAAACUACUACUAUUACCAAUACAAAUGACAUUACUAGUACUAGUCCACUUCUACUACAAUUUCAACCUCAUGCCCUCUUCAUGCCUUACUAGUGUUAAGUGUUACUACUCACAAAUAUUUAACAAGUUAUUGUUGUCUUAAUUUCGCCCUCGUAAAUUAAAACUUCUUGUGUACCUUUCCUUAUUAAAAAAAUACGAAGUGUAUUUCGCUCUUGUAAAUUAGGUGGUGGCCGGUGGACUAGAUGGCGGACGAUGCGGCGUUACGGCGGUGUUUGAUGUGGUUAGCGGUGGUGGUAAUGGUGGUGGGAUUUUACACACAUUCAUUUAAGAAAAUGAUGGUAACAUAUUUUAUCGGACUUGGUGGUAUUGCUGGUAUACUUUUGCCUGAUUGGGAGUUCUUUGAUAGAGAAAUCUCUAAGUGGACUCAACCUGUUUGUGUUGAUGAUAUUAAUCGCUCUGAUGUUCUUAGGCCUGGAUCCUCAAGGUUUCGGUUCUAUCCGGUCAGAACAGUAAUAUACGUCCUAGUUUACAGCUUCGGGUUGUACAAGUGGUGGACGUAUGUAAGGCAAUGAACUUAAUUAUGAUGAUAUCUUACACUACAUCAUAUUUACAUUGUCAAUUAGUUGAUGAUAAAUAUCAGUUCAACUUGCAGAUUGCAAUGAACUUGUAGUGUAAGAACGAAUGUAAAGAACCAAUUCAGCUUGGCACUAAUAGAUAUUUGGCAGAGGGAUUAUGUAUUUCAACUUUGAACAAGCUUUUAUUGAGUAUGAAGUGAUUAGAUUUACAUUAAUAGGGGCAUCAAUUUUUUCCUCUUUAUUUUAUUUUAAUUAUCACAUUCUAGGAUCUUAAUUACAUGCUUCAUGUAUCACAUUAUUUUAUUCAAUAAAACUCCUUUUUUUUUUUUUCUUCUUUUUUCCCAUUUUUUUCAAGUAUAAUGAGAUACAUAAAGUAAAAAGAUGUUAACAAGUUUAAUUUCAAAUAAUUUUAAGAUACCUUUCGGUAAUCAAGGACUACCAUUAGCCAAAUUCACUUUCUAAAAUACGGAGUAUCUUUUAUUGGUAAUUGAAGAAUACCAUUAAUGGUUUUAGAUAGGGAUUAUAAUUACUACAGUAGCAAUUUUAAAAAUUCAUGUCUACUAUAGCUUGACCAUUAAAGCUAAAACUGAAAUUAAUUUGGUCAAGCAAAUUAGCUUCAAUAAGCUCAUUUGCUAAUUUACUCAAGAAAAACUUGCCAAAAA